AUGGAGGGGGACCUGGGGGCCCCCAAUGCCAGCGUGCUGGGGGAGCACUCCCUGCUCGUGGGCAGCAGCUGGGUGGCCGCCUUCCUCUGCUUUAUCAUCCUGCUGACCACGGCGGGCAACUUCCUCCUCAUCCUCCUCAUCGUCACCCAGCGCUCCCUCCGCAACACCUCCAACUACUUCCUGGUGUCCCUGUUCAUGUCGGACCUGAUGGUGGGGCUGGUGGUGAUGCCCCCGGCCAUGCUCAACCAGCUCUACGGCCGCUGGGUGCUGCGGGGGGACUUCUGCUCCCUCUGGGCCUCCUUCGAUGUCAUGUGCUGCAGCGCCUCCAUCCUCAACCUGUGCCUCAUCAGCCUGGACCGCUACCUGCUCAUCACGUCCCCGCUGCGGUACAAGCUGCGCAUGACGUCCUGCAGGGCGCUGGCGCUCGUCCUGGCCGCCUGGACCUUGGCCGCGCUGGCCUCCUUCCUGCCCAUCAAGAUGGGGUGGCACGAGCUGGAGUUCCAGGUGCGGCCCCUGAACGUCACGGGCCGGGGGGACGAGGAGCAGUGCCGGCUGCUGGUCAGUCUGCCCUACGCCCUGGUGGCCUCCUGCCUCACCUUCUUCCUGCCCUCCGCCGCCAUCUCCUUCACCUACUGCCGCAUCCUGCUGGCGGCGCGCAAGCAGGCCGUGCAGGUGGCCUCCCUGGCCUCCAACGUGGCCACCGCUGACGAGGCCACGCCACAGGUCCCACGCGCCCCGAGCCAGCCCCUGGCCAGCAGCGAGAGCAGGAGGUUCACCAACAAGCACAGCAAGAAGGCUCUGAAGGCCAGCCUGACCCUGGGCAUCCUCCUGGGCAUGUUCUUCGUGGCCUGGCUGCCCUUCUUUGUCACCAAUGUAGCUCAGGCAGUGUGCGACUGCGUCCCGGCUGGAUUCUUCGAUGUGCUCACCUGGCUGGGCUACUGCAACAGCACCAUGAACCCCAUCAUCUACCCGCUCUUCAUGAGGGACUUCAAGAGGGCCAUGGGCAAAUUCCUGCCCUGCUGCCGGCGCUCGGCGGAGCCCCGGCCCAGCGCCAUCUCCCUGUCCAUGAGGAAUUCCAACAGCGGGCCCCGCGCCGCCACCUCCCUCAAGAACGUGCUCACCCUGCAGGCUGAGACCGACUCCAUGGACUCCGGGGCACCGGGCAGUGAGCCCAGGCUGCUCCCGGCGCCGCGGAGCCCCGGCGCUUGCCCCGUCGGCCUCUGGGACACGGAGCCCCCGGGCACGGAGCUGCAGCUCGGCACCCCCGUGGCCUGA